AUGACUGAAUCCGCUCCGCCCGCACCGUCUUCUGCCUCCGUUGCGGGCAACUCCGCAAAUACUCCAGCAUCGACAGCGACAGGGUCAGGGUCAGGGACAGGCGCGGGUGCUGGAACUGGGACGGGGCCAACAUCGAACAACGCAGCGAACCCGAAUGGAACGGCAAAUGGCAGCAUCAAUGGCGAUGUCACGGAGCAGAUGCGGGUGAAUCGCGGAUUACCCUACUACGAGAAGCUACGGCGCGAGCUACGGGAUACUUUGCAGAAAAAGCGACUUAUGGACAAAAGCAUGGCUCAACUCGAAGAACAAAUCUACCGCUUCGAACAAUCCUACCUGGAAGAAACAACCGCCGGAAAUAUCAUCAAGGGGUUUGACACGUAUAUCAAGGGCUCCUCAAGCGGCUCGAGUCUCGGCGCGGGCUUGUCCCUCUCGUCGGGCGUAGGGACGGCCUCCCGACGCAAGGCCCAGGUCACGGAUAACGACCGCGUGUUUUCAAGAAGUUCGGCGAGUUUUAUGCGGGACUCACCCCCUCCUUCCUCCGCCCAAACAACCCCCUCGCACGCCCCAACCCCAACAUCAGCUUAUAACGGGUCAACUGGAAAGCCCAAUAACGGGGACGCCUCAUCCGCCGCGGGCAGUGUAAGGGGCUCGUCGUCAUCGAAGAACAAAAAGAAGUCUACCAAGGAUACCAAGAACGAAGACGACGGAGACGACGAUAAGCCUCCAUCCAAACGAUUGAAGAUUAGUUAUGGAAGAGAUUAA